CCUCGCCGCGUCGGGAUGGCGGGCUUCCUGCGGGUCCUCCGCUCGCUGCACGCCGCCUCCGGCUGCGCGGGCCCCGCCUGGGCGCCUGCGGGCCUCUGCGCCCGGAGCCCGGCGGAGCCGCCGCGGCGCCACUAUGCUGACAAGAGGAUCAAGGUGGAGAAGCCGGUGGUGGAGAUGGACGGUGACGAGAUGACCCGAAUCAUCUGGCAGUUCAUUAAGGAGAAGCUCAUCCUGCCCCAUGUGGAUGUCCAGCUCAAGUACUUCGACCUCGGGCUCCCGAAUCGUGACCAGACCAAUGACCAGGUCACCAUCGACUCCGCACUGGCCACCCAGAAGUACAGUGUCGCCGUCAAGUGCGCCACCAUCACCCCGGAUGAGGCCCGCGUGGAAGAAUUCAAGCUGAAGAAGAUGUGGAAGAGUCCCAACGGAACCAUCCGGAACAUCCUCGGGGGGACCGUCUUCCGAGAGCCCAUCAUUUGCAAAAACAUCCCCCGGCUUGUCCCGGGCUGGACCAAACCCAUCACCAUCGGCAGGCACGCCCACGGCGAUCAGUACAAGUCCACAGACUUCGUGGUGGACCGGGCCGGCACGUUCAAGGUGGUCUUCACCCCCAAGGAUGGCAGCGGUGCCAAGGAGUGGGAGGUGUACAACUUCCCCGCAGGCGGCGUGGGCAUGGGCAUGUACAAUACGGACGAGUCCAUCUCGGGCUUCGCCCACAGCUGCUUCCAGUACGCCAUUCAGAAGAAGUGGCCGCUGUACCUGAGCACCAAGAACACCAUUCUGAAGGCCUACGACGGGCGGUUCAAGGACCUCUUCCAGGAGAUCUUUGACAAGCACUAUAAGACCGACUUCGACAAGAACAAGAUCUGGUACGAGCACCGGCUCAUCGACGACAUGGUGGCUCAGGUGCUCAAGUCCUCGGGCGGCUUUGUGUGGGCCUGUAAGAAUUACGACGGAGACGUGCAGUCAGACAUCUUGGCACAGGGCUUUGGUUCUCUGGGCCUGAUGACGUCCGUGCUCGUCUGCCCCGAUGGGAAGACGAUUGAGGCGGAGGCUGCCCAUGGGACCGUCACCCGCCAUUACCGGGAGCACCAGAAGGGCCGGCCUACCAGCACCAACCCCAUCGCCAGCAUCUUUGCCUGGACGCGGGGCCUGGAGCACCGGGGCAAGCUGGACGGGAACCAGGACCUCAUCAGGUUCGCUCAGACCCUGGAGAAGGUGUGCGUGGAGACCGUGGAGGGCGGAGCCAUGACCAAAGACCUGGCCGGCUGCAUCCACGGCCUGAGCAACGUGAAGCUGAAUGAACACUACCUGAACACCACAGACUUCCUGGACGCCAUCCAGAACAACCUGGACAGAGCUCUGGGCUAGCCCUAGGGGAGGAGGCGCCGCCCGGCUGCACACUGCCGGCUGCCAACCGGGACUUGCACCAGCCCCGGCCCGGCCCGGCCCUGCCCUGCCACAGGCUCUCCCCACCGGUGCUAGGCUGAGCCGCACAGCACGGCUCUUUGGAGUUCUUUCUAGGGGGAAAUCUGUUUUUCAUGAGAUGUUUUCAAAAGAGUGCCUUUUUCCCCAAGUGCCGCCCCCCCCGCCCCCCUCUCCCCACCCCAGUGCUCCACACCGCCCUCUUUACUACCUUGAACACACGGGGUCCUAUUUAGCUACUAAAAAGCUCUUCACAAAA